CGUAAACUAACCGUCGAGUUGUUAAGGCAAAAUUACAUUCGCAUAUUCGAAUUUUUUUGCGAACAAAGAUCUCAAAGUGAAAGUUGUUGAUUGUAACGAGUCCACCAGAUUUCCGUUACUAGUUUUCCCUGAGAGUGCUGUAAAAAGGAAUUCGGGAACUAAAUAACGAAAUUUGUGUUGUGAAUCUUUUUUGGAAUUGGUUACGAACCUCCAACUGAACGACAUUAGUGAAAUUGUGAACGUUUGUGAAGUGUUCUGCGUUACGCACUUUUGGAAGUUUUAGUGAGAUAUUACAAGUUUAAGCACUUCUACAAUGGGAAAUCCAUCAGUUCCACUGCUUCUUAUUGUGCUCUACGUAACCCUGGUCACAUGUGAACAUUAUGUCGGUGAUGAUAUAUCAGCGAAAAGGAUCAACUCUCUACUGACUAGUGAUAGUGAAGCAAAUAAUUUUGACUCAGAUGAAAAUGCCCUGGAUAAACGACAUGAACGCUAUGGAUUUGGAUUGGGUAGAAGAUCAUAUGUGUUAACAACAAAUUCACAAGGAAAACGAUUGCCAAGCUAUGAUUUUGGAUUAGGGAAACGAUCACGAUACUCAUUCGGUUUGGGAAAGCGAACUUUCGAAGAAGAUUAUCCAGAAAGUGAAUAUGCACUGAACUUCUUGACAUCGAAUCUUGAUGAUCCAAAUAUCAAACGUGGCCGACCGUACAGUUUUGGAUUAGGAAAACGAGCUGCACUACGAAAUAACGAUCAACGGUAUAACUUCGGUUUGGGAAAACGUUAAAGAGAGCUUAAAUCCGACUAAAAUAACCUUCGAUUAAGGAUUCCAAAAAGCAUGUCUUCACAUCCUCGUCCCUUAUUCUGAGUAAAAAUGAAAUUAAAAAAAAAAAAUAAACUAAAAAACAUUAAAUAGAUCAUUUACUAUAGUAAAAAUACAAAUAUGUAUAGUCGCUAUAAAGUAUCUCCGUAAACACAUCACUUAAAUAGCUUCCCUAUAAGUUUGAAACCAGCUGCCUGUAUGUAAAGUUAUCCAGAAAAUAAAUUCCACUUGAUUUCCCCGAAAAGAAAUGACAAUUUUUUGAAGUAUAGCUGCCAACUAACCCAAUUAUUUUCGGCUAUCAUGUUUUCUUUCAACUAUUAUAAUAUACAUAUACUGUAUGCUGUGUAAAUUGUUAAUAUAUAUUAUACAUAAAGAAAUAAUAUUAAAUUAAUUAUAUGGCAAAGUAUAUAAAAACAAAUAAAAGAUAAUCCAUAUGUAAUAAAACUACGAGCAAAUUAUUUCCAUGUAUUCUUUCCUCUUCUUAUUUCAUUUUAAAUUAUAAUAUUAAAGUUAGAAAUAUGUGUGAACAGAAUAGCAAGAAAAGAAUGAAAAUUUAUUGUUAUUUGAAAGAGAAUUGAUUUUAAUAAAUGAGAAGUCAAAGAUGA